CUUAGUUUUACAGGGUAGGUUCCCGCAAUUAAUUUCGAUAGUCAAAAUGUUGUAGUUGAUAACUUUUGUAUUGACUGUUAUUUGUUUCCGUUAUUUUAUUUUUGUUUUGUUUUUACCUUUUAUAAUUUAUUUUAUAAUCAUUGAAAAUGAAUCCAAUGAGUAUUAAAGGCUAUCUCUUGUCUUCAAAUAAGUAUUCAGAUUUUAAAUUCAAUGUUCCUCCUGAAGCUCCGGUAUUUGAACCAACUGAUGAAGAUUUUGAAAAUCCUUUGCAAUAUAUUGAUAGAAUUAGGCCUGAAGCAGAAAAAUGCGGGAUUUGCAAAAUUAGACCUCCACCUGAAUGGCAACCUCCUUUCGCAAUGGAUAUUGACAACUUCAAAUUCACUCCCCGCGUCCAAAAAUUAAAUGAAUUAGAGGCGAAAACUCGCAUUAGACUUAAUUUUUUGGACCAAAUUGCCAAAUUUUGGGAACUUCAAGGUUCUAGAUUGAGUAUACCACUUGUUGAAGGAAGGAUAUUGGAUUUGUAUUCCUUGUACCAUCUGGUGAAAAGAGAAGGUGGGAGUUUUACAGUCACAAGAGAAAGAAAGUGGAAUUGUAUUGCUAUGCAGAUGGGAUUAUCCCCAGGUCGAAGUUCUUGCUCUGCUCUUAAAUCUCAUUAUGAUCAAAUAUUAUUUCCUUACUAUGUUUUUCAAAGCAACAAAGUCAAAUUGGAAAAAAAGCAUGAAAGAUCCUCUAUGGCAAGGAAUGAUAACAAACGUGGUAAGUGUUCUGGAACCACGAAGGUUCCGAAAACUAAAAAGAAAACAUCACUGGAUAUUGAUCCUUUGGCCAAGUAUAUAUGUAUUAACUGUCAUAGGGGUGAUAUAGAGGAAUCAAUGUUGUUGUGUGAUGGUUGUGAUGAUAGUUAUCACACUUUUUGCUUGAUACCUCCGCUUAACCAAAUACCUAAGGGUGAUUGGAGAUGCCCUAAGUGUCUUGCCAAAGAGGUUAGUAAGCCAGUGGAAGCUUUUGGAUUUACACAAGCUCAAAGAGAGUAUACUUUACAAGAAUUUGGAGAAAUGGCUGAUAAAUUUAAAACCAAAUACUUUUCAAUGCCGGUUCAUUGUGUACCUACAGAGGUUGUUGAGAAAGAAUUUUGGAGAAUCGUUUCUACUUUGGAUGCUGAUAUUACUGUUGAAUAUGGGGCUGAUCUUCAUUCCGUGGACCAUGGAUCUGGCUUUCCCACCAAAUAUUCAAUAAAUAUAACAGAGGAUCCAGAAUUUGAAAAAUACAUUGCAUCUCCCUGGAAUCUCAACAAUUUGCCUGUGUUACCAGGCUCGGUAUUCAGUUUUAUUAAUGCAGAUAUUUCUGGUAUGAAAAUACCUUGGAUGUAUGUUGGAAUGUGUUUUGCUACAUUUUGUUGGCAUAAUGAGGAUCAUUGGAGUUAUUCAAUAAAUUAUUUGCACUGGGGAGAACCAAAGACAUGGUAUGGGGUCCCAGGUGAAAAAGCUGAAGAUUUUGAAAAAGCUAUGAAAAAAGCUGCUCCAGAACUUUUUGAAAAUCAUCCAGAUUUAUUACACCAAUUAACGACUAUAAUGAAUCCUAAUGUUCUAAUGCAAGCUGGUGUUCCUGUGUACCGAACUGAUCAACAAGCUGGUGAAUUCAUCGUAACUUUCCCAAGGGCUUACCAUGCAGGUUUUAAUCAAGGGUAUAAUUUUGCAGAAGCUGUUAAUUUUGCACCUGGAGAUUGGAUACAAAUUGGCCGUGAAUGUAUAGGAAAUUAUUCUACUCUUCGUAGAUAUUGUGUUUUCUCUCAUGAUGAAUUAGUUUGUAGAAUGGCUAAUGACUGUGAAAAUAUUGAUCCAAAAUUAGCUGCUGCCGCAUAUAUGGAUAUGAUAAAUAUGGCAGAAAUAGAAAAAAAUCUGAGACAUACUGUACUUACUUGGGGAAUUACUGAUUCUGAAAAUGUAUUUUUUGAACUACUUCCUGAUGAUGAGCGCCAGUGUGAGAUUUGUAAAACCACAUGUUAUUUAUCUGCUGUAUAUUGUAGAUGUGAUCCUACCAAAAGUGUCUGUCUUCUCCACUACAAAUCUCUUUGUUGUUGUCCUUCAAGAAGACAUGUUUUGAGGUAUAGAUACUCAUUAGAUGAAUUGCCUAUAAUGCUUCAGAAGUUAAAACUUAAAGCAGAAUUUUGGAAUGUGUGGAUGACUAAAGUUCAAGAAAUGAUUGAUACUCAUGAAACAAUAGAUGCUGAUACUCUGAAAAGAUUGAUAGCAGAAGCCAAAGAAAAGAGUUUUCCUCAAUCUGAACUAAUAACAUCAUUGUCAAUGCUGCUUAGUAAUUAUGAAUAUCAUAAAAAAAUUCUUAAAACAUAUCGCUGCAGGGAACCUAUGAAACGAACGGAAUUCUCUGGGUAUGUAAUCAGCGUAGCACUCCCAACUGCUUCACAAAGAACAACCUUUUCAAAAGUUCCAUUAAGUAACAGUAAUCUUCUGCAAAGAUAGAAGCCAGGGGUAGUAAUACCAGUGUUCCAGCAUUGACAAUGCCAUUAUAGGUAUGGUAUACCAACCUGUGAAUUUCAUCUUGAUAAAUGACCAAAUAAGAAUGAUAUUGUUUUAAAUGUUUUAGUUAAAUGCUAGAUUGUUGAUGUUUUUACUUUAUGUUCAAAUUUUAUUUGUAUUAUUUUUAUGUUUAAUCUGAUCUCAUAAUAUUUAUUUAUUUUUAUAUGUACAUUAAUGUAAUUUUUCAAGGCUUUUAAAGUAUAGUUAUUUUAGGAACAGCAGCCAUUAGUUUUAGAGAAUGAAGGGAAAAAGAACAAAAUACUAAUAUUUUUUGUUAUGAUUCAAUAUUUGCUAAGCAUUUAGAAAAAAA